UUCAUUUUCGUCCCUCGCCAGGCGACAAACAGUGGAGAAGACCCCAAGGGAGCAAUGCUGGAUAGAGGCAUCUCAGCCUUCCUGCUCUCCUGUACAAACCUGCUUGAUAUGUGAUCGCUGGUGUUAGAUGUCCUCAUGGGUGUGUGAUAUGAUGCAUGAUGCCUUUGAAGAGAAGGUACGUGCGCCGUUGCUGUGUUCGGCGCUCAUACGCUUCACAAGAGCAUUCUGAUUUCUCACAAGAGACCUUCCUGAUCCCGCCUCAACUGUCUUCGGAAAUUCGAAUGGAGGCAAACGCGUUGGGAAAAACAUGGAUCAACAGCUUCUGCGUUGUCCUCAAUCUUAUCCCUCUAUCUCUACAUUCUCCCAUACGUGACCAAAUCCCUUUCAUGGCGCUCAUUAUCGCUGUCUCGUGUUCGUUUCUUGCUCUACCCAUGUUUUCUCCACUAAGUCCUUUCGGUGCCAUCUUCCCCAACAAUCGUGCCAAUCCUGGCAGUUCUUGGUCAUGGAGCUCAAAGACAUCGUACUUGAACCACACUCGUGAUGUUAUAUCGAUGGUCCCCAUCUUUCCGGGAACCCCUUGUUAUUAUACAAAUUCUGUGGACGUGAUGAAGCAGAUCCUCGGAAACGAAAGCAAGUUGAACCUUGUCAAACCACAAGACUUGACUCUCGCAAGAAUCCUGGGCGACAGCCUUUCGUCGGCAAGUGGCGAUGUUUGGCGACGACACCGUCGCGUUGUGGCCCCAGCUUUUACCAAUAAGAUAUUUUCCUCCGUUUGGAAGGAAGCUAGAGCGGUCUAUGACCAGAUGCUUCAAGCAGAGGGCUGGAGCCUUCAAACAGAUAUCAUGUUUGUGGAAGCCCACUCCUUUUUACUCAAGUUCACUUUCAUGAUCAUCUCGAAAUGUGGAUUCGGAUUUGCCACGUCCUGGUCUCCGCCUGAGUCGGGCGCCAUGGCUUUUCCGGAGGCUCUCCGCGUGGUGUCAGAGAUCAUUGUGCCCCGGAUGGUCCUUCCGUCUUGGGCUUACAAGCUUCCUGUGAAAAGUCUACGCAGGAUCGGGGAUGCCUGGUCGAUUGUUGCAUCGUUCAUAUCGGCCUCGAUCGAUACAAGGAGAAAUGAUCAGAUGGACGGGGCCGACUUGGACGAUGCCAGCUUACCAGGCGAUAUCCUCAACCGCCUCGUGGCGUCCAGCCUCGGGACACAGAAGUACUCUCUCAGCGAGCAAGAAGUGGUUGCCAACAUGUUUUCACUCAUGUUCGCGGGCCAUGAGACCACGGCAAGCGGUUUGAUGUCGACCUUUGUCUAUCUCGCCCUCUACCAAGAUGAGCAGGACAAGGCGUUUCAAGAGGUCAAGGCGGCAUUCGGGACCCAUAAUUUAUCCGAACUCAUCGACAGCAGCCAGUUGAGCCGCACUCUUGCCUGCUUUCUGGAGGCCCAAAGGCUCUGCCCCGCUGCCUUGUUCUUUCCCCGGGAGAUGACCGAAGACGUGCCGAUCGCCGUCGCCCGCCCGACGGCGUCGACCGUCGUGCUCAAGAAAGGCGCCCUGAUGAUUUUCGACCUGAUCGCGAUGUUCCGCAACCCAUACCUGUUCCAGGACCCGGACCGGUUUUGCCCCGAGAGGUGGAUCGGCGCCUCCGAGCAGGAGGUCGGGAUGUUCGGGAUGGGCCCGCGCGCCUGCGUAGGGCGCAAGUUCGCGCAGGUCGAAGCCCUCGCUAUCCUCGCCUCGUUCCUUUUCGACUGGAAAUUCGAGCCCGUCCUGGGCGAGGGUGAGACUGCGGAGAAGUAUGAAGAGAGGGCGAUGGGCUGCGCGCGCCUCUCGGGGACUGCAUUCACGUUUGACCGGAUUCCGUUGAGGCUUGUCAAAAGGAUCCCCUGAGGUCGGUCACGGCUCAGACUCAUACCCUCUUGUGCCCUGCCCAUGAUCGCUGCGGAAUUCUGUUCCCUCCGUCGCGUCACUGUCACUACGCUUCAUUUGAUCAUCCUCGAUCUCUGAACUCGUUGGACGGCUGUAUACCAUGCAUUCAGUGUAUCCGACAUGCAUGUGCUUGAGGUUAUCUUAGCUCUUACUUUCUGCCCAAUAGGGUUUGUCGUGAGCCUCGAGGAAGAUGUCGUACUACAUUUAAUAUGCCAUCGGCGAUGGUACAAGU